AUGGUUUUCCCAGGUCGCUUUAGCUCAGGUUGUCUGCGGUGUCGCCAGCGAAAGGUCAAGUGCGACGAGGGGAAGCCGACGUGUCGACGAUGCUACAACUACGGGAAGCCAUGCCUUGGAUAUACCGACGAGUUUCAUUUUAGACACUCUGCGCCAAAGGGGAGAUCGCAAAGUACUUCUUCCAGCACCUCGCGCGCGUCAAAGGCGCCAAGUAUAGCCAGUGCCAGCACAGCAAGUCCCCCGCAAGAUGAGAAACCGCCCGAAAAGGAGCCUCCGAAGCCCAAAACACGGCCGUUGGAGGCGCCCAUUCGACGGAGAUCUGUAGCCAUGGUUCGACACCCGACACAAUCAUACGAUAACAUGUCGCUUUGCUAUUUCGUGCGUCGCUUUGUGUCGCCCGAUGACGACGAUGGAUUUCCCGGCCAUUUCAGCUUCCUACCGAGUUUGUUCGAUCACUACAAGGAUGGCCUCGUCGAAACAGCGACAUUGAGCGUUGCCCAAUUGGCUGCGUACAACCAUUUGGGCAAUGAAGAACUUCGGACACGGUCCUUGAGAAAUUAUGGACGUGUUAUCAAGGGCUUGCAGCAGACUAUCCAGUCUGACGACCAGGCGAUGGACGACAAAGUCAUCGCUACCAUUCUGCUUCUGUGCACGUACAAGGACUUUAGUGGUGAAGGAUUAGGUGAUCCGAAUGAACAUGCUUCCGGGCUAUUUUACCUGCUGGAGAAACGAGGGCCAAGUCAAAUUGGUACACGAAGAGGAGCCGAACUCUUCUUGCUUGCUCUGCUGCGACUGCAAAUCUAUUCAUUCUUGCAUGGCGAUGAUGCAUACACCGACCCCGGCGCCAUAGCCACCGUCAUCGGCAUCUUCGAUCCUCUUCUUCGAGCAUUGUCCAUGAUGGGACGGACCCUAUCGCUUCGCCAUCGUCUGUGCCGACUCAUGCAAUCAGAUCCAUAUCAGCCACAGGGCGCCAGCCCCUCAACAGCCUCACAGAGUAGUACCGGGACAGAAGACGAGAGGAUCCUGAUCCAGGAAUGCUUCGACAUGCUCGAUGCCUUUGGCUCCUGGGAUAUCGAAGCAGCAGAGUACUGGCAAAUGACCUUCGAGGGUCGCGGCGUUCCAACGACCCUUGGUGAGAUGAGCGCUGGUAAGAUGCACUACGACGCGGAGACAGCCUGCAUCAUCAUCCUCGUCCGAUCAGCUCGUCUCAUCCUCCUUCAGACCAUGCUUCUCUACCAGACUACAUUGAUACCAACGGAGGAUGACGAUGGGUAUAGUUACAAUUCAUGGGCAGAAACCGUCCCCUUCCUUGAAUCCGACGUCCGCAAAACCGUCGAUGACAUGCUCGCCGCCGUGCCAUACGCCCUGGGCGAUAUCGACCCGAGCGGCAUGCCAGCGACCAUGCUCCACGACGGCGCAGCGGCCAUCAUCAUUGUUCACUCAAUUAGACUUGUCACACACUGUGUUUACACUACGCCUGAACAGACUGAAAGGGCAGCUUGUAUCCUUGCUAGAUUGAACUCCGCUAUAGGAAUCAGGUCAGCUGUCGGAUUUAUCCCUGGUGCUGACAACUACGGGGUACAGCCUUUUGCGACUCUUUCGCCGCCUCCUAUGUUAAUGUCACCGGGGCCUAUGGACUGCACCGAAGAGAAUUUUGUUUCGCCUGGUACCUCGGGCUUGCUUUCAUCUUGA